UUUUGGAAAUGAUGUCCUUGUUUGGCACAGAGAAGGAUAAGCAGCGGCUGUGCAAUGCGAGCCGUGCUGUGUACGACUGUGUCUACAUCUGUGUCUCUGCCACCAACACUAUGUUCCGAAUGCUCAACCAGUACCUCGAAACUGCAUUCGCCAACAUUGUCGUGAGGGAAAACCUCAGCAUCAAGGAGAAUCUACAGCUUCUGGUGAGUGCUCUGAAAGACAUGCAAGAGACUGUGGAGUUGAAGGAUAAGGAUGUCCAGCAGCAUGUCAGUGGCCCAUUGUAUGCUAAGAUAAUCCGACCUGUUUCCGCCAUGGAUGAAAGAGUUAAGCUUGUGAAGGAGAUAUAUGGCCUUUAUAACGGAUCUUUUCCAACCCUCUGUGGUCCCAUUGCUGCAGUCUUACUGAAAAAUGGCAGUCUGCCCGAAAAACUACAGUCUGCCUUGCGGGUAUUGGCGAACUCUCCUGUGAUGUCUCUUCGAGUUGGUGAUCUUCUCAUGACCCACGAUGAGAUUGCUAAAGCCCUCCCAGAACCCAGCAGUACUUCAGCCAGUCCAUCUCCUGCCCCUGUAACAAAGGGUCGCAGUCAGUCGAUGCCUUCCGUAGGUAACUCACUUACCAGUUUCAUGCGAGUAGUUCUUCGGGGGCAGACACCCAAGAACAGCCUUGAAAUAGCUGCAGACUGCCUGGAAGAUGCUGUUAAGGUGCUGAAGCCAGUUUGUGAACAUUUCCAAAGUGUUAGUAAGAGAGCCGAAGAGUACGUCACACUGAUAAUCGACAAGAUGCAGUGA